AUGGAUCACAAUUUCUAUGCCUUGAACGACGAGUUUGAGGAGGUAUUCAGGGCUGAUCACGAAGCAACGACGUUCCGAUUGCUUGAUCUACCCUCCGAAAUCGUCUUGAUUAUAAUACAGGAGGUAGUCAAGAGAGGUGUGCCCAUCGACCCAACAAAAGCAGUAAAACGAAAAGCCCAAGCGUGCAUAGUCCGUCCGCCAGCUCUCGCCAUGACAUCGAAGUUCCUACGGCGAGAGGUGCUGUUUGCCUUUUAUCGCAACAACAGCUUCGAGUCGCGGCACCUGAACAACGUGCCCUGCGUCCGUGACUGGCUGGUGAUCAUCGGGCACGAGAACCGCAAGGCUAUGGGCACAUUCACUUUUCACGCAAAGUUCUCGCAGUCAUUUUGGCAGGAGAAGUUUGCCCAGAUUGGUAUAUUGACUGAGGUGCGGUACUCAUUCGGCUCUCGUGAAUGA